AUGGACACAGUGCCACCAGGAGCCACCAAACCAGCAACAUGGAGAGCACUAGCCACAACCACCAAAGAUCAAGAGGCAAGAGCAGACACGCCUGCCACAAGGGGGGAAGUCACAAAGGCUCGGGAGACAAAAGUAGAUGCACUCGUCAAGACCACACCAUUGCUAGCAACCAGAAUAUCCACAACGAAGUUGAAAGCAUGGGAACCAAGCGGGAAACCGACUUUGGGAUUUACAAGACAGCGGGAAGGGAAGCCACUGGGAGAUCAUAACAUUACUGUUACAAUGGGAAUCCCUGGUACAAGCUAUCUUUUGCUCUCUACGUUUUUCAUUACGAUUAUGUUCAAUGGCAGAAAUAUUUGCAUAAAUGCAGCUGAACUCUCUGAUAAAAAGCUUCAUAUUGUUUACAUGGGGGGCGUUCAAGAUAAAAGAGAUUCGCAAACUGUGCACCAUGAAAUGCUAGAAUUUGUACAUAUGGAAGCUGAGGAAUCAUUGAAGUACAGCUAUGGGAAGAGCUUUGGUGGAUUUGCAGCCAUGCUUUCUCCAUCUCAUGUCCAACAGCUUUCAAAUAUGGAUGAUGUGGUGUCGGUGUUCGAGAACAAGAAACGGCACGUUCUUACAACUAGAUCAUGGGAUUUUAUCGAUUUUCCUUUAUCUGGUCAGAGUAACCAUUUGACUUAUGAAAGCGAGAUAGUCAUUGGUGUUCUGGACUCAGGAAUAUGGCCAGAAUCAAAGAGUUUCAACGAUGCAGGAUUCGGUCCCGUUCCAUCCAAGUGGAGGGGUGUAUGCCAAACAACAUCAGAUUUUACCUCCUGUAACAAGAAAAUUAUAGGUGCAAGGUAUUACCACGCUUCCUUUGACACUCCACCUCCUGAGGACUAUCUUUCACCCAGAGAUGGCAGUGGUCAUGGAACACACACCUCCUCCACAGCUGCUGGAAAUAUUGUGAAAAAUGCGAGUGUUUAUGGUAUUGCUCAAGGAGAUGCUCGAGGUGGAGUCCCUGGUGCAAGGAUUGCUACGUACAAGGUUUGUUGGGGUCCAGGCGUAGAAUGCGAGGAUGCAGACAUUCUUGCCGCAUUUGAUGAUGCCAUCUAUGAUGGUGUAGAUCUCAUUUCUAUUUCAAUUGGAGGCGGCGCUAGUAUUGAGUAUUUUCAAGAUAGCAUUGCUAUCGGAGCAUUUCAUGCAAUGAAAAAGGGGAUACUAACAUCAAGUGCUGGUGGGAAUAGUGGACCUUCCAAAGAAAGCAUUAACAAUUAUUUUCCUUGGGGUCUCACAGUGGCUGCAAGCACCACUGAUCGUAUUAUAGACUCCCAACUUCUACUAGGAAACAAUGUCUCUUUCAAGGGCUUUGCUUUAAAUACAUUGACUAUGGAGCAACCUCUGUAUCCUUUAAUAUAUGGAGGAGAUGCUGCUAAUAUUUCUAGUGGCUUUACUUCUCGUGAUUCAAGCUCUCCUAUUGCAACAAUUUUCAAAAGUACUACUUCAAAAGAACGUGCACCUAUAAUGGCAUCAUUCUCAUCUAGAGGUCCUAAUCCAAUUGCCAGGGACAUAUUGAAGCCUGAUAUAACCGCCCUAGGUGUGAACAUUUUAGCUGCUUGGCCUGAACAUUCAUCAUUUACUGGGAUUCCAGGUGACACAAGGUUUCCAGAAUUUAAUAUAAUAUCUGGGACUUCCAUGUCAUGUCCUCAUGCCACAGGAGCUACAGGUUUUGUUAAGUCAUAUCACCCAGAAUGGUCUCCAGCUGCUAUCAAGUCUUCUCUUAUGACUACAGCCUAUAUAAUGAAUGCAUCAUUGCCCCACAAUGAGGAUGGAGAAUUUGGCUAUGGUGCACGGCAAAUAAAUCCAAUUAAGGCAAUCAAUCCAGGGCUUGUGUAUGACAGUGAUGUAAAUGAUUACAUCAAAAUGCUUUGCAAUCAAGGUUAUAAUGAUACUUCUUUGCGUCUCAUAACAGCAGAUUUUAGCAGUUGCGAGUCUCUCAAAAAAUUCAAAUACGGUGCACUAGAACUCAACUACCCUUCCAUAAUGGUGGUUGCUGAACCAAGAAAGUCUAUUUUUGUUGAAUUUUCAAGAAUGGUUACGAAUGUAGGACCUUCACAAUCGACAUACAAGGUCAUAACAAAUGCACCCUUUGGGAUAAAGGUAGUCGUGUCACCAAAUACACUAUCUUUUUCAGCAGUCAAUCAAAAACUCACUUAUAAUGUCACAAUUGAAGGUGGUGUAAUAUCUAGUAAUGCUUUGCUCUCAGGCUCAUUAAUAUGGGUUAAUGACAAUUACAUUGUGAGAAGCCCGAUUGGAGUGUAUUGUCACCUCUGCUAA